AUGCAAUUGAGCUACCUGAGAUACCUACUAGUUUUGAUUUCAUCUUCUGCCGUUUGGGCAGAAAUGAUUUUUUCAACUCUUGCCGAAAUCUCUGCAACUUUUGACAACACUCCAGAACAGUAUUCUCUUUCAUUGGAAACCGCAUCCCCUAUUUUAGUUGAUAGCUCUAAUGCUACACAAACAGACGGAAUCUACUUGAGUAUAAAUCCGGAGAUCUUUGCCACUGACAUGACUCAAGUUGAUCCGGUCACUUUGACGUCAAUCUACUUGGUCAACAGUACUUACAGUGACGCUUAUACCACUCUCACGUUGGCUCCAGCCAUGAACACAGUUUCAGCUUUUGCACAACCCCUCAAUGUGACUCAGGCCUCACUAUCUACUGACUUUCCCCAGUCUGCUACUCAAGCCAUCUUGACUGAGUCUAUUACUUCCCAGCCCAUUGCUACUAGAUUCCCCUCUUUAAAUGGUACUUUUAUCACCCGCACCGAUGGAAAGAUUAUUUAUGUAACUGAAAGUUGCAUCUAUACUGCUGGUAGAACAAUCACCAAAACUUUCACUUACACUGUGUGCUCCGUUUCUGCUCCAGCUACUACUUCUUACUCUUCUCCAGCUGUCACUUCUAGCUCGGCCUUGAAUGCCACUUACAACACUCCAUGCACUACAACCACUUCUGUCACCUUGCCUACCUCCAUCUCCACUUCUCACUGGAACCUUUCCACUACUAGACCUUUGUCCAACUCUACUUAUUCAACUGUCCCUGUAAUUAACUCUACCUAUUCAACUACCCCUGUAAUUAACUCUACCUUUACAACAUACCCCAACAGUAUUGCCAGUGCUCAUCCCUCUGCAAUUACAAGCAUUUACACCCACUCUCUUCCUAACACCACCUUUAUUCUCCCGGGCACAAUCACUUCUUCAUUCUAUGUGUCUACUGCCGAACCCAUUACCACCUUUACCGUUUCUUGUCCUCACUCUAGUGGUCCUUGUACUACUGAAACCAUUGUAGUUACUCCAUUUGUCCCUUCCAUGCUCUCGUCAGCUGAAACCAUGGUUCCUUCCUCGAUCGAUACCAUGGUCCCUCCUGGAUCUGCUGUUCCACCAGGACAGGUGGCUCCCGAAGCCACUGCAUCAGCCUGGGCAACUGCGUCUGCUUGGGCUACUGCGUCAGCCUGGGCUACUGCGUCAGCCUGGGCAUCUGCCUCUGCAUCUGCGUCCAUCCCCUCUAUGUCUCCGGCCAAGUCUAGCCCGAGUCUUAAUUCCAGCAAUGGCGCUGGCGCCGUUAGUGCUCCCAUUUUUGGACUUAGCCUUGCGGCUGUCAUCAUGGGUCUUGUAUUUAUGUAA